AUGGUGCUCCGAAAGUCCCUGGCUUACACGACAAUCACUCCAAUACCCGGCUUCAUACCGAGGCAAUUAGCCAUAGAUAUUCUCCAUAGCCACAGCGAAGUCAUCACCCUCAACCCCCUCGUCCUCCACCAUAAGCCCAUUAAGGCCCCUCGCGAUGCAGCCUCCGAUGAAUACUAUUUGACCUGGUACGAGAUCAGUCAGCAGAUACAAUACAUUCCCGGAAUUGGGAAGAUUGGAUCGGGCAAAAUCAACUUCAAUGGUUGCUUCCACGAUCUCCCGUGGGGUCUUCAGACACACACAUAUGCGCCCGCGAAUGUCGACAUCCGCAUCACCUACCGCGUCGCUGGGAACCAGCCCGGUGUCGAGCCGCCAGAGCAGCAAGAGAUCGGGCUGAAUGCGCCAAGCGACGGCCUAUACCUGCGCGAGGACAUCCGGUUGGCAUGCAACUUCGCCAUGGUUAGCUUCGUCAAGUCGCAGCUAAAAGCCGCCAGUAAGGAGAUGGUGGAUCGCAUCAUCAAGAAGGCUGAGCUGCUGGACGCAGGCGCAUUGCACGCCAUGAUCGAGGACGGCAAGCUGAAAACGAUAAACCCCAAUGACCGGUCUUACACAGGAGGUCUGGCCGGCUCAGCUUCCAUGUCGCCACCGCGCUCGCCAGCCAGCAUGGAUCAUCAGUCGAACGCUCACAUGUCGCCCAAGAUACCAUAUCAGAUCCCACGACCGUUGUCGCUGCGGAACCAACAAUCAUAUCAACAGCAGCAGAACAGCAGACCAGGGACUGCCGGGUCGCAAUACACCGGACAUCCGUAUUUUCAACCCCAAAUUCAGAAGCCCGGUGAGGUUCACCAGCAAGCGAACGAGCUGCCCACCUCCAAUCCUAGCGGGACCGAGGCGGUCAUAAUGGAACUACCAGGGGACUUCUACCAUCCUCAGGACUCGCCACACUUGCACCCGUCUCGACUGUCCCCGUCGCUCGGAUCGCACAACUCCUCCUCCGUCUCGACGCCGGAACCCAACAGUUGGCGAUGGUCGCAGAGUCAGCAUAGCCCGGGUUUCCAGAACAACUCGCGACCGACGUCCAUGUUGUCCGACACGAGUAGCAACGGAUUUCAAUCGCCCGGUAUGGACCACAAGGGCUUCGCAUCUGAGCUUUCCACCCACCAGGAGACCCACGAGGAGUACCAGCAUCAGAACUCGAACAAAAAAGAUUCAAAGACACACUCCCAGCCGAAUAGCUACUCCUACAAUCCAGCCGACUAUGCGAGAGUCGGCCAUCGCUAA